CUCCAAGAUGUCUGCGUGGCCCUCGGAUUUCGUGCAACAACAAGGCCAGGGCUCAUCUCGAGCAACAGAAACUUUGGUCCCAUCCAGCGAGGUGAGCGCCGAGAGCGUGCACGGUCAAUCAGCCUACUACACCUUCUCCGUGCAGCCAGAUCUGUACCUCCAACUAUGCCAGAUCCUUGAGACUGAGAUCUGGACUCACAACCAGACACGCACUGAGCUGUUUCAGGAAACAGCCCGCAAGAACGCGCUUGAGAGCCAAGUCUGGAAGCUUACAGAAGCUAUUGCUCAGUGGCAAGAUGCUUGCCAGAAGGUGUAUGAUGUGCUAGGUGAGCACCGCGUCGAGGCAAACAAGCUUAAGCGGGAGCUGGAGGAAACGAAGGCUGAGCUAGUUGUGGAGAGAGAAAAACACGCCCAACCCUCUGCCGAGGAAGAUGUGGUAGAGUUGAAGAAGGAGGAUCAGUCUCCUGAGGUUGGAAGUCUCCCAGAUGAAGACGAUGCUCUUACGGAACCAUGGCAUCUAGGCGUGAUUCACGAUGUUCGGGAACAUUUGAGAGGACAUAGCGCAUAAAAUUGUAAAUUGAAGAAGCACCUUCAAUGCUUACUAUUCACCCGUCUUUUCUUCCCGUUCUUCCUUCUGCCAAUGUAAGGGGGCGUUCGAAGAGCAUCGCAUAUCUCUGCUUGGUAUUGUAACUCGCGCACGCAAUCGUUGAACUGUGUUACAUGAUUCUCGUCAAGCUCGUCGACAUAGAGGACCAGUAGCCGGAGAAAGACUUCAGCC